GCCCGCUCCCUAUCGCACAACUACUCGAGACCACAAUAUUAACAUUAGUCAACUACGCCAGUCUCAUCACUACAAACGCCACAAGAUAUCGGAUAGCAUUGGAUGGAAGGGAUAUUCAACUCUUCGAGUUUGGUCUCCGCAGGGCUCAAGGCAUCGACGGUAUGACCAGCCUCCAGAUAUGCAUAUAUGGGAGGCUUCGAUGGCACCAGUAAUGUAUUGGCCGGUAAGAUGUAUGGCAUACCACUGAAGGGAACUCACGCACACUCUUUCGUGAUGUCCUAUUCAUCUGUCGAUGAUUUAAACAUUAGAAUUUUGGCGAACAAGACGACCGGAGAGAAAGUGGAUUUUGUGGACCUGUGCCUCAAAUACCAGAAAGAGUUGUCCGAUUUGUUGGAUGUGCUGCAGUCGGAGUGCAGUUCCAGUGAAUUUGCCGCUUUCAUCGCUUACGCCCUUUCAUUCCCGGAUUCAUUUCUGGCAUUAGUGGACACAUACGAUGUCAUUAGGAGCGGAUUACUUAACUUCAGUGCAGUGGCGUUAGCGCUCAACCAACUGGGAUACCGGGCCAUAGGGGUGCGCAUAGACUCGGGUGAUUUGGCCUAUCAAUCGCUGGUGGCGUACGAGAAGUUCCGCACAAUUGGCGACAAGUAUUCGCUGGACUGGUUCCCGGAGCUGACAAUCGUCGCCAGCAAUGACAUCAACGAAGACACCAUCGUAUCGUUGAAGGAGCAAAAGCAUGGCAUCAAUGCGUUCGGAAUCGGCACACAUCUGGUCACCUGCGAGAGACAGCCGGCGCUCGGCUGUGUCUAUAAGUUAGUGGAGAUCAAUGGUCACCCGUGUAUUAAAAUCAGUUUAGAUGUGGAGAAAGUGACGGUUCCCGGCAGGAAGAGUGUGUUCCGGCUGUACGGCAAAGAGGGCUACGCGUUGCUGGACCUGAUGCAGGGCGCCGAAGAGCCGGCCCCUAAAGCCCAGUCCAAAGUGUUGUGUCGACACCCGUUCCAGGAAUCCAAGAGGUGUUACGCCACGCCAUCCAAAGUGGAGCCGUUGUUAAAGAUUUGGUGGCAAAACGGAAAAGUUCAGCAGAAAAUGCCGGACUUGGAGGAGAUCCGGAGUCACGUCCAGAACUCGCUGAACACAUUGCGUGCGGACAUCAAACGAAAUUUGAAUCCAACCCCAUAUAAAGUAUCGGUGACCGACAGUCUGUACCAAUUUAUGCACAAUCUAUGGCUGGAAAAUGCACCGGUGGGUGAACUCAAUUAGACUGUUCAUUGUCUAGUGUUUCCGAGACAUACAAUUCCAUUCAAUUGUAGCCUAUAAUACACUGUAG